AUGCACCGCAAGCUCAACUGGCCCAUUGUGGUCAUGCUUGUCCUUUCCUCGCUCGCGAUGGUCAUGGCCCUGUUCCAGAUUAUUUGGAAUAUUGUGUUGUUUUACUCCAGCAGUACUGCUAUCGCCGAACUCGUCAUUGGUAUGUUGUACGCAGUCUAUCUCAUUGCCUGGUUCGUGAGGUUCAGGAAGAAGACCAGGUGGUUCGCGACCAUUAUCGUCGACUUGGUUGCCUGCGUCGUCUUCGCAGUUUCCGGUCUCGUGACCGGUCUCCUCUCUCUAUUCCCAGUUUCCCUAGGCACCUUCGCCGUUUUCACCCUCAUCUUCCUGUUCGAGGCGAUCCACGUUGCAACACGUCACGUCCCGGGCUCCAAGCUCCGCGUGAGCCUGUAUGACCUCGCGGCCCUCGAUGCGAGCAGGCAGGGGCACAACUCAAGCGGCAGCGCCGGAUGGGUGGAUAGGGCGGGAGGCGAUGCGGGACUGCUGGAUGAGGAGACCAGCCUUGAGGAGGCCCUGGUUGUCCCAUACGAACAGUGGAAACCAGAAGGAGAGCACAUCGAGCACCUGAACGCUCAACAGGAUGCCACACAUCUGGAGCCCGCAAUGGUCCCACUGUUCCACUUACCGGGGCGCCAACAGCACGACCUCUUGCGAGUGCGGAACGUGGGAAGCGAGGGUGACGUGAGGAGCAGCACGGAUCCAACCAGGCCCCGGGACGUGAAGAACAGGAUGAUCAUGGGCUCCGGCCAGAAAAGCCGGAAAGCCGAGAGAAGCCAUGCCCCGAGCGCCAGCACCAGCACUGAGACUAGGCGAGACGCGGACAGCCGCAACAAUGUGCAGCCAACCACGGGGACUCUCGACGUUGGCAGCGUGUCCGAAGCAUGCCCCUCUUACGAUGAGAGCAUGGCGAUAUCGAGGGGCAUAGUUCAACCCCGAGCCGCCCAGGUGUCCUUCUCGUCACCCGCAGUUGUGGCACCUGGGAUUGGCAGUGGCGAGCGGAAUCAGCGUGACUUCAACUCAGAGCCGCGUCACCAACCGACUGGCUCAAGUGAACAGAGCCGCAGCGUCGACACUGGGCUCUCGACCGACGCAUACCACCUCGACCAGCCUAUGCCGCAGUCUACACCCCCCGCAGUUAUCCCCGAGGGCCUCAACAUGAAGGGCCAGCAUCUCAAGCACAUUCGUUAG